CUGGCCAGCCAGCCAUCAUUUUCGCAAGCGUGUGAGAUCUGCUGCUGUCCAGUCGUACAGAGUGACGUUAAAAAGUCAGAAAAUCGGCUGUAAAAUAGUCUUUUUACCGUUGAAGUGCAUCGAUCCCGUCGAAGAAAGUCGUCAAUUUUUUCCGGAACGUAUUUUCAUCCCGGAACGAGGCCGAUUGAUCCUGAAAAUCGACCCACAAAAGUCGCCCAUGUCGGGUGAAAUCUGGUCGAGAAAGUGCGUAAAAUAAAAUUCCAUCGCCGCUUUGAGGUUAGAUUGUUGAUUUUCUGCUGCUGCUUUAAGUGCUGAAAGCAGAAGUGUGUUGACAUUUCUGUUUACGGAGACAUCGUCUUCGGGGGAAUUUGUGUUUUUCGAAUUUCGGUUGCCGGAAGCAUUUGUUAGUAGAGCUAAAUGGCUUCGCCUCCGCCGGAUCAGGCGGAGAUUUUGCGUGGCCGCGAUUUGGCCCGCAUUUUCCAACUCUGGGAGGAACGACACAGCAUCCCGGGCUACGAUCCGGAACCGAUUGUAACCAGAUUGGGAGAAAUUUUUGAGGAGGAAACCGAAGUGUACAUGCGCAAAGAUCCGGACCCGUUCGACGAACGACAUCCCUCCCGAACGGAUCCGAACUCGGAUCUGGGUCGUAUAUUGAAAACCCUGUUCCGUAAAGACCACUUCAUGACCCGGCUUGUGAAUGACUAUCUGCGCGAUAACUUCUUCACCCGACAGAACAUCCAACAAUGCUCGCAACCACUGAAUAUUGCCGCCUGUCGGCUAAUCUUGGUCAUCAUGCCGGGACUGGAAACGUCGGCUGUUUUUCAGGCCGAGUUUGAUCAUCUAAUUACGCGGCUCGCUAGCUGGGCCGAAUCAAGUCCGGAACCGCUGCAAAGUUACGCAACCGGGUUGUUGGGUGCAGCGAUGGAAGUGCAAGAGAUUGCCGUAAGUUCUCGUGAACAGAACAUUCGAUUGUUGCCGAUUAUGCUCAGAAGAUUGCAUGUGUUGCAACUCGCUCAUCGCAAUCGGGAUCGGUUAUCGGAAGCGGGUGAAGGAGUUAGUAGCACGGCGUUCCAUAGGAUGUUCCAGGGAGAAGCAGUCGCGAUAUCGCAACGAUCUUCGGCGGGAGGUGAAAGUCAAAGCGAUUCCGGAAUGGGAGAAAACGGCGAGGAGGAUCCCGAUCGACCAUUUGCACAUUUAGGAUCAGCCAGUGAAGAAACUGCUCCAACCACCUCAAAUGGAGUGUCUUCGGUGGCCAAUCUCAAUAUGUUGUUCCAGAAUGAGAACAGCCAACAGAACACCCAGGACAAUAAUCGCAGUGUUGCGCAUCGAAAUAUGAUCCCCAUCUAUCCGGCAACGAUUGCCACCUCGCAGAUGCUGAUCCUUCGAUAUUUGACUCCAAUGGGUGAAUAUCAGGAAUUUCUGCCGUACGUUUUUGAGCAUAAUGCCAUGAGUUUGAUUUUCCGUUACAUUGAAAACCUGGAUGCCAAGGACACUUGUUUGGCUUUCGAGGCACUGAAAUAUCUAGCUUCGCUGCUUUGUCACAAGAAAUUUUCACUUGAAUUUAUUGCCAACGGAGGACUGGAAAGGCUGCUCAAAGUACCAAGACCAAGCUUAGCAGCAACGGGAGUCUCGAUUGCCCUCUACUAUCUGGCAUAUUGCGAAGAUGCCAUGGAAAGGAUUUGUCUAAUGUUCCAGAAAAUAAUCACCGAGUUAGUGAAGUACGCCCUUUGGCUGCUCGGAUGUUCUCACGAUUCUGGCCGGUGCCACGCUACAAUGUUCUUCGGCCUAAGCUGCCAGUUUAAAACCAUGAUGGACGAGUUCGAUAAACAGGAUGGACUCCGCAAACUGUACAACGUGAUUGCAGUGCUUCCGAUUCUCACCAAUUCCGACGACUACAAUCUGAAUGAUGACGAGGAAUGUGCCGCCCGGCAGGUGGUUCGUCACGUUUGCGUCGCGCUGAAGAAAUACUUCGAGAACCAUCUCUACUACAAAUACAUUCAGGUAACCAGGCAGCAGUGCCCUACCGGAACGUUGGCUCAGCCGGUGUUCAAGUCGGUCAAAAAUUCGCCGGAAGUUAUUAGCGAUCAGAUCAAAACGCUGCAGGAACUGCUGCCGAUGAAGGCACGCUGGGCACCGGUCGAUGAGUUCCUGGAGCUCGGUGGGGUUAAUCUAUUGCUGAGAAUCAUCGCCCUGGCCUACGAAUGGAACUACAGUGGACGUGCCGAGACGGUUCGCGCGGCUCUCGAUGUGCUGAACAUCUGUUGCGUGAUUCCCCGGGUCCACGCCAUGUUCUGCGAGCGGAUCGAACUGAACGAGGGUUCGGCAGCCGGCAUCAACAUCGUACUGGGCGCGGCCGAGGGAGAGAUCGUUGCAGAUUCCGAGGUUCAAAAGUCGGCACUGGCAGUGCUGGUGCACACGGUUUGCGCUCCGAUUCAUCGCCCUAGCGGGUCCCUGGCUCGUUUUGGGUCGGCCAAGAAGCGUAUGCCAAAUAAGAAUUCGGAGGAACUGCUGCAGAAGGUAUGGGAAAGUGUCCGGUCCAACAAUGGGAUCAUUGUGCUUCUUUCGUUGAUGUGCGUCAAGACACCGAUUACCGAUGCCGAUUGCAUUCGGGGGAUGGCAUGUAGGGCUUUGGCAGGGUUGGCACGAUCUGAAACGGUACAGCAGAUCAUCGGAAAGUUGCCCCUGUUUGCCAAUGGACAGCUACAGAGUUUAAUGCGAGAUCCAAUCCUACAAGAGAAGAGAGCUGAGCAUGUACAGUUCCAAAAGUAUGCAUUAGAGUUACUGGAGCGAGUUUCGGGCAAAACCAAAACCUUCAACAAUCAGUUGGAUACUUCACUGGCCGAUAUCCACAAGGCCAAUGUGGUAGCUCAAACAAGAAUACAGUUCAACGAGCAACAGCUAUACCAAUUGAUACAUCAGCAUUUGAUCGCACGCGGGUUAACGGAAACGGCAUUGACAUUGGUCAAAGAGUCGGGAAUGACUGUUCAACCGGUGCCUCCUCUACAGCACCAGCAUUUGUUGCCGGGAUCCAGCAUAAGCCGUAAUUUGCACCACUCGCCUUUCGCAUUUCGGUCGCCAAGUGCUUCCAUAAUUCAGCGUUCGCGAAUCAGAAACAAAAAUCCGGAUGCUUCCUUCAAUCAUUCAACGGCUCAAGCCAACCUUCAAGCCGCAUUAGCUGCUGCCAGCAUAGAAGGAACUGGGCUGGAAAAUCAACCAGGCAAUGCGGGCAUUGCUAAUCAAGAAGGUACCUCAGCCGUUUCAGCAGAACCUUUCACUCCAAUCAAACUCAUCAAAAAAUCUACGACGGCUGGCGUAAGUUCUGGAACUGGUGGAACCAACGGCAGUAGCUCAUCGCACGGUAAUCCUAACAAUCCUAAUACACCGCAUUCAUCCAGCAGUCUCCAAAGAUCACUACAAAAGCAAAUCUCGGCUACCGCUUCCGAUGCGGCCACGUUUUUGGUACCGGCCUCGACUUCCACCAAGACGACUACUGCCGAGGUCCCCAACAGUACGGUCACGCUUGAUACGAUCAUCACCGAGUAUUUGACCAAUCAGCACUCGCUCUGCAAAAAUCCCAUGUCAACGUGUCCUCAGUUCGAUCUGUUCGUACCCCACAAAUGUCCGGACCCGAGACCGAAUCGGGCCUCCGGCAUGAGCCAAAACUUUGCCACCAGAUUCUUCAAACGGCACGCAGGUUACUCGUCCCGUCGUUUCGAUCGCCGUUUAGUCCAUUCGAAUUUUUCCGCUUCCAGGGUGCUCCGGCCGGCGGAUUCCGAGUUCUUCUUUACCUGCUGUGAUUUUACUCCCUGCGCCACCAAACUGAUCACCGGCUCGCACAGCGGGGAGGUGAAGAUCUUCAACCUGAGCGACAGUUCCGAGGAAACCAGUUACUCCUGUCACGAGUCGUACGUGUACUCGAUCAAGUGCAGCAAGGAUGGGCGGCUGCUGUUGACUUCGUCGGCGUGGCGAUCGCCGAUGUCGGCCCUCUGGAACAUCGAGGGUAACCGGUUCAGCCAGAAGCUGCAGUGGGACGAGGAGGAGUAUAUGGAGUUUCCGAACGUCCGGCAGGACAAGGUGUUAGCCACGUUUGGUGAGGUUGCAACCAUC